UUGCUUUAUAGCGAGGAUCGGAAACACUGGUGAAAAUAGCCCGCAAUCCUCCACGGAAUUUCACAAACAAGCUUCUUGUGGGAUCAAGUGGGUUUGUUCCAAAACCCAAGAACCGAAGAGAGAUUCCCCUCACCGUAUACACACACGAAGUAGGCUAUUUAUGCAAUAGAUUUUUUGGGGAUACAGUCGGAUGUCCUGUGUCUGUGUGUUUUACUCUCACCUACAUCGUUUUGCAUAGCAAGGCGAAAUAUAUAAACGUUUCACCAUACGCCCCCGUGGCUUGGCAUUUAAUUAGAUCCCCGGGGUGCGGAUCAGUUUGGCACCGUGUCUGCGUGCAAGCGAAACCGGCUGUUUUUUUGCUCCCGGAGCCCUGGCCGCGGUCCUCGCGCGACUUCACUUCUGCACCGGCGGCGCGGGAGGAAAAUCGAGCCCGCAGUCCAGCUGCUGCAGCUUGGCUAAAUUGUUCUGCACGACUCCGACAGGCGACAAUCUAAGCGCUGUAGCCGUCGACAAGCAGAGUGUAAUGUUUUGGUCGAUGUGUGAGUUGCUGUGGGAAUGAGACUGCGUGGCAGGGAUUUGGAGGAUUCCACUGUCUCCUGGAUACCAAGCGUCUUGGGUGUGCAGACCGUCAGGCUCCGCCUUCGCCUCAAUCGCCGUGACGACAGGGGGAGGGGCCUUUGGCAACUGGUUGACCUGGGAGAGGAAGCACAGAGUGGGCAUCGGAUACGAGACAGUACGCCUCCUACUUGUUCUCAAAGUCUGAUGAGUAUUCCUUCUGCUGCAUCAGUUCAGUCAGGGGGUGGAGAGAUGCAAUCACCUGGGGCCAUUAGUCCCUCCUUCCUCCCGCCCCCAAGUGGAAAAGUUCCAGGUCGCAAGAGGGGUCGCCCACCCCUAAAGAGGCACCCGGAAUAUCAGAGUCGCUACCCAGAAUCCCUCCCACCCAUUAAAGUGCCUAAGAAGAGAGGGAGGAAGCCUGGCUUUAAGCUGAAGGCUCGCUUGAUGACACCUCUAGCCAUCUCUCCUCCCAGCAGCACCCCGGAGCCAGACAUGAGUUCUAUUCCCCAGGACGCUGCUACUAUCCCCCACUCAGCCACUCCACAGGUCCUCACAGUGUGCAUCUACGUGAAUAAGCAUGUGAACACGGGUCCUAACCUGGACAGGCAGAAGGUGCUGCAGCUGCCCGAUCACCUGGGUCCUGCCAGGCCCUCUGUGGUGCUUCAGCAGGCGGUACAGGGCUGCAUUGACAGCGCGUUUCAGCAGAAAGCCGUCUUCACCCUGCUUACUGAGGGCUACGGGGGAGAAAAGAUCUCAGCCACCUUUGAUGGUAAGCAGCAUUUGUUGAGUUUGCCAGUGGUCAACAGCGUGGGCUAUGUCCUACGCUUCCUCAAGAAGUUGUGCAGAAGCCUGUUGUGUGAGAACCUCUUCAGUGACCAGCCCAUCGCCCCUUCAUCGUCUCCCUCCUCCUCUUCUUCAUUCCAUGCUGAAAAGCACUCAGACGGACAGCCCAAGUCAACAGACUCAAUGGUGGACGAUUACCAUGGAGAUUCAAUGGACCCCAAGCGCUAUUCAGUUGACCCCAUUGACUCUGCCUACGGUGCGAUGUCCUCACCGUACACCGCGAGUAAACCUGUGUAUGGUUUUCGUUCUGGCACUGCCUACUCUGGAGGUGUGUGCAGGCAAGCAGCCAGUCCCAGCACAUUCCAGGAAGGAAACAGAAGUGCCUAUAGUCCAUCCCCAGAGGGAGGGGAGGCAAAGCCCCCACCCAGUAAGGAUCCCUCCAGGUGGAGCGUGGAUGAGGUGGUGUGGUUUAUCAAGGAUGCAGACCCUCAAGCGCUGGGCCCUCACGUGGAUCUCUUCAGAAAACAUGAGAUUGAUGGGGAUGCUCUUCUUCUCCUGAAGAGCGACAUGAUCAUGAAGUACCUGGGACUCAAACUGGGUCCGGCUCUCAAGCUCUGCUACCACAUCGACAAACUAAAACAGAACAAGUUCUGACCUGUCUCUGCACCCUACAAACACAGAUGGAUUCACUCACAGUAUUUACUGUCACUCUCAUUUGUUGUAGUACAGGAUCCUCCCCCAACCCCACUCCCCCCCACUCUGGUCAUUUGAGGACAAGUACCAGACCAUUUUUUUUACUUGCUUGGUGUGUCUGCCUGUAUAUUGAGGCAUUUUACUGACCAGAACGUUUCUUUUUCUAAUUUCAAGUGCACAAGCAUUUUAUUGAUUACUUGAUACUGAACACUGCUCUGAUCAAAUGGCAUGUCAUCUCAGCUGCUUUCUGGGAUUUGAGUUAUUUGUCCUCAAGUGAGAGUUAUGCAGAUGAGUUAUAAGUGUAAAUCAUGCUUUUUCAAAUGGGCCUCAUUACAAACAUAUUAAGUCAGAGACAAACGAGCUCCAAUGUUUUCAGAGCCAUGGACCCUUGUCUAAAUCCCUGUGAACUUCACAGCCACCUGCUGGUGAAGGGGAGUCACUGCAACUCUGUCAUAUUUACUACCAUUGUAACCAGGAACCAUUCAACUUUCUUUUUUAUUUUGACAGCUACUUCAGAGGCCACUAACCUGGGAGAUCACUAACAUACAGAAUUCAGCAUUGUGCUUUUGACUGAACAGAUACAGUACGCACACAGUUUUUCCAGGGUACAACUAUGAACAGUUUCACUUUGCAACCAGCAAAUAACAGGCACAAAUGCAACUUUACUCAGCAAUGGACCAUUCACGUCAUCUUUGGAAAGCCUCCUUGGCAGCCUAAAUCAGAACUAAACAGGAUACACUACUAGGCAGUUUAAAAUGGUGCAUUACAAACAUAGUAAUGCAUACCAGGUGCUGUUUCUCAACAAACAAGUCAAGUUAAUAAAAACAACUAUACUGGUACAGUACAUUUCUUACUGUGGACCAAAUAGAGGUCUUAUUAGUCCCUAAAUGUCUUGUUUUUCCCCUCUUUUCGGAGCAGACUGAAAAGCUGCUCUGAUUCUACACAAAUGUCAGCUUAUGAUUUACUUCGAAAAUGAGAAGAACUUUACAGUAGUGCUCAGUAAAUUCAUUUCAUUGGGUAUCAUGAACUAACAAUGAGCUAUACUUUUACAGUAUUUAUUAAUCUAGUUGAAUGAUAAUUACUACAUAUACUACUGUUUAUAUGUUUGGGGUCUGCAAGAAAGAAAGUAGAAUAAAAAAAUUAAUUGAUCAAAUCUAGCAGUAAAGAUAUGGUUUCCACAAAAAUACUAAGUAGCACAACUUUUCCGGCAUUGAAACGAAAUCUUAAUCAUCAUAUUAAAUUGGUUUCUGAAGGAUCAUGUGACACUGAAGACGAGUAAUGAUUCUGAAAAUUCAGCUUUGCAUGAAUUCGUAUUACUGUGCUAUAAACAAACAUAAAUUAAAAAUGCACAAUAGCAUAUUUAUAAAUUGCCAUUAGCCCAGAUUAAUAAAUGCAGUAAAAUUGUUAGUUUACAUAUGAAUUAAUAAAUGUAAACAAAUUGAACUUUACUGUAAAGUUUCAUCAAAAAGUACGACAUGUUUCAGCCUAUUUUUUAAAUGUGACAUUUAGACUUUGAUAUGUAAUAAUUGUUAUUAUUAUUGUUAUUAUUAUUUGUAUUAUUAGUAUUUUUUUAUUGAGCUAAAGUGGCAUUCAGAAUCACUGUAUUCCUAUUCAGACAGGUGAACUUAAGGGAUCGUUCAUGCAAAAUGAAUAAUUUGUCAUCAUUUAUUAACCCUCAUGUUGUUCCAAGACUUAUAGUGAAAUUCAGUUUUGUUCCACAGGAAUGCUUAUGAAUGACAUGACGGUGAAUAAAUGAUGACAGAUUUGCCAUUUUUAGGUGAACUAUCCCUUUAAGUCGGCCUUGAUGAUGUCAUAUCCAAAAAUGGAUUACACCGAAGUGUACAACUUUUCUGUAUCUGCAAUCAUGUGUAAAUAUGAUAACUUAUGUGAUAAUCACUGAUGAAAUCUACCAUUUCUUAAGUUAAAAAUCUAUUAAGUACAGUUUAGAGCCAAUCAUCCAAUGAACACAUCCAGCUUUAACAUGUAAUCAGCUUUGCUGUGCUAGACUUCAUUGUUGAACAAUCUGCCUCUUAAAGCCACUGCUAUGUUAAACCGAGCGUCUGUACAGAAUCAUUGUUUAUCAUUUUGCAACAGGGAGGCUUUUGAGAUGUUUUUUUUCCUUUUGGUGUAGCAUCAGUUGUCCUGGGUAAUAGCUUUCUCAAUGAAAAAUGUAGGCACCAGUAAGAAAUAAAGGGAAAUAAUCGGUGAGCUCUUAAAUCUGGUGCCAAGAGGUCAGGGUUCUUUAUGACUAAAUCUACUGAUUUGAAAAGUAGUGUUCAUUUUUUAAUAAACUAGGCUUUAAUCAUGUGAUGCCCAAGAUUAUAGAAAUGAAUUACCCAUGUGUGAUGUUCAAUUUCUUGUAUUAGCUUUAAAAGCAGUUUUUUUCUUUCCACUCAUGUACUCAAACAGUGGGAAUAUCUUGUUAGUUUUAAAAGCCCUUUAACUGAGUAAUAGCAGCACUGAGAUUUUACAUAUGUUUCUAAAUACUAUAUUCUAUGGCUGCACUUAACUAAAUCAUGUAAGAAGCCCCGACACAAUAACAAUCAUAACAAUCUUUAAUAAUUUUGUUUUGUGCCGUUUAUGAUAUCACACAAAUAUUCUGCUGAUAUUGACUGACUCUGAUGUUCCUGGCUAGAUAUUGCCUACAUUUGUGACGGGAAUAUUAGUGGGCUUUUAGGGAUGAUCCUUUCUGCGGUUCAUAAUUUUGUGUGUGCAUAUGUCAGGUUGCGUUUGCCUCCGCACCAUGUCAUUCCUUGUCAUUUUUUAUGUAAUGACAAAUGUAAAUGUACAUUUAUGAAUGCUGCUCUUGAUGAUAGCCCCUGUAAGAUUGUUUAAAUUUGUCAGCUCACAAAAGAGUUUUAAUGGAAAAAGGGGGACUACAACACGGACCAUUCAUGUUGGUGCUAUGAUAUGACUGUGUAUUUAACAAAUAAUGAUUUUAUGCAUAUGAUUUUAUGGUUGGUUUGCUUUAUUUCUUCAGAUAGGCUUCAGUCUUGUGAACUUUCGUGACUGACGACAGGCUCUGCAUUGCGUGUCUGUUUGUGAGGUUAAUAUAGAGCAUUAUGAAAGAGUCAGAAUAAAGCAUUAUGAACACCCUA